CAAAUAAUAUUGCACAAGAACAGGGUGGUAAAUGCCUUUCUACAGAAUAUAAAAAUACAAAUACACCAAUGCAUUGGCAUUGUAUCCAAGGUCAUGAGUGUCUUGAAGCUUGUAAGGAGAUUGUAUACAGUAAAGGUGGUUUUGCUAGUUUUAAUAGUAUAAAGCAUGCUAAAACAUGGUGCCCAUAUUGCUUAAAUAAACAUGAAAAUUUAUGUCGUGAAGUCAUAACAAAGAUUCUUGGCCCACCUUCUGUUAUUUGCAAACCAAAUUUCUUAAAAACACCGGAGUAUCUUCGAGGAUUAGAACUCGAUAUUUAUUAUCCACAGUAUAGAUUUGCAAUAGAGAUCAAGAGAGAACUAUGUGAUGAAAACUGGUUCGUUCUUAUAGAGAUAUGGUAUUACAAAGAUCCACAUAUAAUUAUUCCGAAGUAUCUUAAGGAGUUGGGACUUAUUGACUAG